AUGGCGACUGAUGGGUGUGAAAUUACUUCUGAUGAAAUAUUUAUCUUUAAAUGUACGCCUUGUGCCAAGAAAAAUAAGAAUCGAGAAGCGGUAAAAUACUGUGUGGAGUGUCAAGGAUAUUGUUGUAGGUCAUGUGUAGACAUACAUGAAGAUUUUCCUACUUUAGAAGGGCAUGAGCUUCUCGAUAAAUCAGAUUUUAAGUCGACAGGUAUUAUGUCGGACCUCCCGGAUUUACCGACCGUGAGAUGCAAGAUUCAUACAGUAAAGGUUAUGGAUAUGUACUGUGGAACCCAUGACGUGGUGGGUUGCACAAGCUGCAUGGUUCUGACACACAGGAGCUGCACAGACGUACAACUGAUACCCGAAAUUAUCAACACUAUUUUCAAAAAGGAAGACGCAGGUGCAAUAUCACUAAAGCUACAGGAGAAGAUAAAGCAGUUGGAGAAAAUUAUAAGCACACGUUUGUCACUUAUUGAAGAGUUGAAAGAUUCGAAGGCUGAAGCAAUAACUGCGAUUGCAAACUUCAUAAAAGAAAUGGAACUUAUACUUCAGAAUCUUAAAAAGGAAUCAAUGUAUGAAGUUAAAGAAGAAUAUCACAAAAGGGAGCGUAUGCUAGAGGAAGAGAAGAAGAAAGCUGAAACUGAAAUGGAAGAUAUGAAGCAAGCUGAUAAUGAUAUUCGGCAACUAGAAACAAACAAAGCUGAAACAUUUGUCAGUAUGAAAAUCGCUCAAGAGAAAGCUACAAAUGCAAAUGAGCUCAUCAAUUCAUUGAAGACACCUCCUAACACAAAGAUAUACUUUCAAGUGGACACAGAUAUGCGAGAUACUUUGCAUCGAUUAAAAUCAUUAGGAAAACUCAACAUUUGUUCUUCCGCAGCCUUGAAACCUAAGACAAGCGUCUAUUCAAUUACAGGCACAAAUGAUAUGAAUAUCAAAUUACCAAAUGAAAGAAACACAUGUAGUAUCUUUGGAUCAUGUUUAACAGAAACAGGAAUGCUGCUGUUAACUGAUUAUAGCAAUAAAAAGCUGAAACGUACAUACGUUACCAAUUUGUCUGCGAUAGAUCAUUGCGACUUUCCUUAUGGCCCUUGCUUUGUUUGCAAUACAAAUAAAGAGGAAGCAACAGUUACCUUUUAUGACAACACAGUUCAAUUUGUCUAUCUCGGAAACCAAAUGACAAAAACACGCCAAAUAACCUUGGGUCAUCGUUGUUACGGUAUUGCUUACAAGGAAGACAAAUUGUACAUUACUGAUAACACUUCUUCUCUUUACAUACAUGAUAUGGCAGGUAAUCUGCUGCAGACAGUCUCAAAAGACAGUUCCGGGAAUCCCCUCUUCACAUGUAGCAGAGUCAUUGCCUUCAGCGACAACAGAGACAAAAUGUUCGCCGUCGAUUUCACUAAUAGGAUGAGAACUCUUGAUAUUCACGGAAAACAUACAGAUACAUACACCGAUUCAGAUUUAGUUCAAGUUUCAGGAGUUGAUACUGACAGAAGAGGCAACAUAUUUGUAUGUGGAUACGGAUCAAACAACAUUGUACAGAUAGGACAAGAUGGAAAGAAGAAAGGAGUGAUCGCAACAGCAUCAGAUGGAAUUGCGAGGCCAUGCUCCAUUUGUUUUGAUCCAAAACAGAAUAUGUUAUUUGUCACUCAAGCCAGUAAUGACAAAAUAAAAGUCUUUAAUUUUAAAUGAACAUACUUACACUAUACAGAUCCUGACAAAGCACAUCUAGGUUGAGUGAAAAGACACUGAAGAAGGACUACAAUGUAUAUUGUUUGUCACACAAAGAAACAAUUAAUAAAAUGAAAGUCUUUAAUUUGAAAUGAAAAUGAGCACACUAUAUCAAUCUUUACAUACACAUUGUUCUGUAUAAAAGCAAAGACACUGAAAUUAGACAAGAAUACUAUUUAUUUAUUGAAUGGUUUGCCGGUCAAUAAACAGAACUUUUUUAUUACAUGACAUAAGAAAUGAAUUUCAAAGUGCAUUUUUCUCAACGUUUUACAACAAACCUGUCUUGAACUAUAGAUAGGUUAAUGACACAAACUGUGGACCGGCGAUUUAUAUAAGGAGUCAUGAAAUGAAUCAUUCUAUGCCAGUUUAGGCAAAGACAACACGAUUGGUGGUAUGGUAUAUUAUCAUAAAGUUUACCAUACAUGACUAUGACUAAUGUGUAUAAUUUUGUCCACUACAUGCGUCGUUAAAUAGUUCCUUUCCUUUCAUGACGUUUAUGUGCAACCAUUAUGCAAAGAAAAACUGUGUUAAAUGUAAUAUAGCUCCGGGGCACAAGUGUGCGUUUUUCUUAAUCUCAUGGCUACGCGAUAAUAUCUCGUUUGCUAUCGCGUAGCCAUGAGAUUAAGAAAAACGCACACUUGUGCUCCGGAGCUUCAUUUGCAGGGGCCUCCGUGGCCGAGUGGUUAAGGUCGCUGACUUAAAUCACUUGCCCAUCAUCGAUGUGUGUUCGAGCCUUACUCGGGGCGUUGAAUUCUUCAUGUGAGGAAGCCAUCCAGCUGGCUUACGGAAGGCCGGUGGUUCUACCCAGGUUCCCGCUCGUGAUGAAAUAAUGCACUGAGGGGCACCUGGGGUCUUCCUCCACCAUCAACGCUGGAAAGUCGCCACAUGACCCAAAAUUGUGUCGGUGCGACGUUAAACCAUAAUAAAUAAAUAAAUAAAGUAUCUCGUUUGCACGAAAUAGUGUCUCGUGGCCACACAAUAACUAAUUCGUGACAAUGCUUGUUCUAUGUAAAACACGACUAUUUGUCCCAGAAUCCGUUUAUGCAUGGAAACAUGUAUUCUUAUCGCUUGGCUAAAUGCAUUUAAGUAUACCUGUAUGCAACAGAAUAAAGCACACGGCGACGUAAUGACCAGUUUCUAAGGUCAGAUUGUCUACCAGGAGGACUCGAGCCCAAAAGCCAAUCAUUCAUUUUUAAGAACACUAAGACAAAACAACGAACUAAACUGUUUUAAUAAGUACGAGGGUUGAUAAAAAACAACGUAACCUGUCCUGGUUACGGGAUUAAAUUUUAUUGUCUAGGGUUGUUUCCUUUUUAAACACAUAGAGAUAAAACCGACGCUAUUUCGCCACACGCGAAAAUAAUGUUUACUUCGUUAACAGUAAA